CUCACGGACGCUUCACUCCCCACAGCAUCCAUCUCUUCGUCCCGACGUCACACGCCCCUCUCCUUUACUCGCAGCGUAGGUGAGAGUCGAAUGCGCAGUGCUAACCUCCUCCAGUGUUUUCCAACGGGAUAUACUACUGAUAGAUCACCGGACAAGUCGUAACAGGCACAGCGAUCCGCAGCAAGUUGAAGGUUAAUGCAGGUGAUACAGGAAUAAAUAACCACGUUCAUGCCCGAGAUUUGACAUUGACAAACAGCGAGAAGAAGCGUGCGUGGCCGUUUACCUCGCUACUCACGCAUAACUGGCGGACAGAAACACGGACCGGAAUCAGCCAGCCAGGGAUGUUAGCGAUGGACGUGUGAUUCCGGCUUUAAGGCUCCCAGUGGUUGUCAACCCUCCGUCCCUCAUGGCCCUGGUCCAUGAGCCCCGCUCCUCCUCCCCCUCCCUCUCCUGCUUCAACUCGCCCCUCUCCGACGGGCCCCCCCUCCGCCACCUGGAUGCCCAGACGCCCUGCACCCCCGAGAUGGACCUCACCCCCACCCAGUGCGUCCUCCGCAACGUGCUGUCCAUCGCCACCGGCGCGGCGCCGGAGCCCGAGGGCGGCGGCGGCGGCGGGGGGGCAGGCAGGGGGCGGAGCGGCCAGAGCCCCACCCCCAGCGAGGAGCAGCAGGAGCAGCACUUCGCCAACAGCGUGCUGAAGCUCCAUGACAACGAGGGGGGGCCGGGGGGCCGGGGGACGGAGGGCGAGGGCGGUCAGGACCCCGAGAGCAGCGCCGUCCGCAGCCAGCUGCAGUUCCACCCCCAUCACGGGGGAGGGGGCUUCCUGGAGGGGCUGUUUGGCUGCCUGAGGCCCGUGUGGACCAUGAUCGGCAAGGCCUACUCCACCGAACACAAGCACAACCUGGAAGGCCGCCCUUCCGUAGAACUGUGGGAGGUCCCGUUCGAGGAGAUCUCCGACCUCCAGUGGGUGGGCAGCGGAGCCCAGGGCGCCGUCUUCCUGGGGAAACUCCACGGACAGGAGGUGGCCGUUAAGAAAGUACGGGACAUCAAGGAGACGGACAUCAAGCACCUCCGCAAGCUCAAACACCCCAACAUCAUCACGUUCAAGGGGAUCUGCACCCAGGCACCCUGCUACUGCAUCCUCAUGGAGUACUGCGCGCAGGGCCAGCUGUACGAGGUGCUGAGGGCCGGACGCAAGAUCGUGCCCUCGCUGCUCAUGGACUGGGCCAUGGGCAUCGCCGGGGGCAUGAACUACCUGCACCUCCACAAGAUCAUCCACCGAGACCUCAAGUCGCCCAACAUGCUGAUCACGUACGACGACCUGGUGAAGAUCUCAGACUUCGGAACGUCCAAAGAGCUCUUCGACAAGAGCACCAAGAUGUCCUUUGCCGGUACGGUGGCCUGGAUGGCCCCGGAGGUCAUCCGCAACGAGCCCGUCUCAGAGAAGGUGGACAUUUGGUCGUUUGGCGUGGUUCUCUGGGAGAUGCUGACCGGAGAGGUGCCCUACAAGGACGUGGACUCCUCGGCCAUCAUCUGGGGCGUGGGCAACAACAGCCUCCAGCUGCCCGUCCCCGAGACCUGCCCCGACGGCUUCAAGAUCCUGCUGAGGCAGUGCUGGAGCUCCAAGCCUCGGAACAGGCCAUCGUUCAGACAGAUCCUGCUGCACCUCGACAUCGCCUCGGCAGACAUCUUGUCCACCCCACAGGAAACCUACUUCCAAACUCAGGCAGAGUGGCGGGAGGAGGUGAGACAACACUUUGAGAAGAUCAAGUCUGAGGGGACGUGUCUCCACCGGCUGGACGAGGAGCUGAUCAUCCGGCGCAGGGAGGAGCUGAGGCACGCGCUGGACAUCCGGGAGCACUACGAGAGGAAGCUGGAGAGAGCCAACAACCUGUACAUGGAGCUCAACGCCGUCAUGCUGCAGCUGGAGCUCAAGGAGAAGGAGCUGCUCAAGAGGGAGCAGUCUCUGGACAAGAAGUACCCCGGCGUCUUCCAGAAGCACCACAGCUCCAGACAGAGCGGCUCGUCCAACUCCAUGGAGAAGCUGAUGAAGAAGCGCAACGUCCCCCAGAAACUGCCCAUACACAGCAAGAGGCCGGACCUGCUCAAGUCCGAGGUGAUCCUGCCCAAGCUGGACUCCUCCAUGACCCAGGUCACCAUCCCCACCAAGGGCUCCACCUCGCCCGGCCGCUCGCGCCGCGCCAAGCCCCGCUACCGCAAGGCGGGCAAGGGCAGCAGCGGCGACCUGGCGCAGCUCAAGGCCACGCUGUCCUCCUCCCUGGGGCUGGUCUCCGCCGCCGCCACCACCACCACCACCACCUCCACCUCCAGCUCCACCUCGGUGCCCAGCAGCAAGCAGCACCUGGACCCCAGCGCCGCCCUGCGCGGCCUGCAGCACGACCUGCUGCUCAAGAAGAUGUCCUCCUCCAGCCCCGACCUCAUCUCCUCCACGCUGGAGGUCGACGGUCGCGGCGGAGGCGGCGGCGGGAAAACGGGCGCGGGCCUGGAGAGAGGGGGGAGCCAGAGCGCCUCGGCCGGCCUGGGAGGGGGAGGGGACGGGGGAGGAGGGGAGGGAGGGGAAGACGGGAGGAGGGCGAGCCCGGGGGGCCGCCCGGGCGACGGGGGCAGAAGGGGAGGAGCCGAGGAGCGGGCGGAGACGCCCCCGCCGCGCAGCAACACGCCCAGCGAGGACGCGGCGUCCGUCCCCUUCUCCAGCAGCCCCGACUCCCCCUGCGGGAGGGGGGCGGCAGCCGGGCCCGUGACCACGGCCAGCCGGGGGUCCUCGGCCAUGGGGAACCCCCGUCCGCCCCCCCACCACCACCACCACCACGACGGGGAGGAGAAGGAGGAGGUGACGGCGGGGAUCAUGCGCUCGCCCCGGAGCCAGAGGCUCACGCCGUCGGCGCUGCUGUACCGGGCGGCAGUCACCCGCAGUCAGAGACGUGGAUUGUCCUCAGAAGAGGAGGAGGGAGAAGUGGACAGCGAAGUGGAGUUGCCACGGAGACGGCGUCCGGUGAGCAUGACCAAGUGCCAGUCGCUGUCCACCUUCAGCUCGGAGAACCUGUCGGUGUCGGACGGCGAGGAGGAGGGCAACACCACGGACCACUCCCACAGCGGCACGCCCGACGUGGUCAGCACCAACACGGACGAGCGGCUGGACGACAAGAGCGAUGACCUGCUCUCCCAGGGCUCCGAGAUCCCCGCCGACCCGCAGCAGCUGGCCUCCGACGGGCUGUCUGAGAAGGAGGCGGCCCUGCAGCAGGUGAAGACCCAGCUCACCACCGACCACAACAGCUACCAGCAGGUUCUCUACGACGACUCAGACUGUGACAGCACAGAGCUGGACCACUCAGGCAGCGCAGAGCCCGGCUGCCCCCCUGCUCAAUGGUGAACAGACCCCUACCCCCCCAACCCACCACCACCGUCCGUCAAAACACCACCAACCCCAUCCCAGCGGAGCCCGUCCGAACCUCGGGCUACCUGGCCACAGAACCGAUGACGAGGACCCUCUACCACGUGGAAAACACACAGGGUUUACUUGAGGUCACAGAGGGGCGGCUCUCCACAGCCAACAACAAGGUACCAAACUGGACUCCUGAGGCGGGUGUAUAGAUGUACGGGUCGUGGUACUGGACAAGCAGAACAAAAAUCCAAUGCAAAAGGACAAAUUAAUAAAUAGGACUGCAUCCAUCACUGUAGACCCCCUGCAGAGAGAUUACAUUUUGUCGUAGGUAGCAGCAGGCCCCCUCUCGCACACACACACACACACACAAACACACACACACACACACAAACUCUGUCUCCCUCUCUCUCAACAUGGCAGAAAUGCAGCUCUGAAAUCACCUUUCUGGUAAGGGCCUCCCCGAGUCAACCCGGUUUCCAUAUUGAGCAAUUGGCUAAUUUGUUAACGCCGAAAACAUUGUCAUGUAAUUUCACGCAAUGUUGUAUUUUUUGGACAUAUUUAUCGUUGUUUACAAUUCCGAUUGGGCAGGUAACUGUGUGUUUAUGGCCCUCACAUUGCUGCUUGAAGUUCAGUUAAUUUAUUACUGUUUUUGUAGAGACACUGUGUCAUAUAGAAUUUUUACCAAAAACAUUAUGCACUGAGUUAUUCAUUUGUCAUUAGUUUACAAUUUAUUUAUUCCAUACUCACUAAAUAUUUCAAUGUUUACAUUUGUUGUUGGACGUUAUACUUUAUUUAUAUUUGCAUAUCAGGGAUUAUUUUGUCAUUUUCUACAGUCCGUGUUUUAAUAUCAGUGUAAAUAUUUUACAUUGUAAAAUGAACAAAUUUUUUUAAAUAUAAGAAUAAUUUAACGGUGCUGAUGUUUUUAAUUAGAAGGCGCUAAUGUACAUGAAGGUAAGAGUGUGUGAUUCUAGAGCAGAGCUUCUGUUCGUGUGUGGACGUCCACUGGAUCAACUAGACUGGAAACGCUUUUUACAGAUGAGCAAUAUGUAUUCUCUGUGCUAUUUCCUUUAAAAGGUCGAAGCAACGUGAUAUCAGACUGACUUGUGGUGGUAUUGCAGUGCGACUGUAUCAAAAAAAAAAGGCAAUACCUCUUUCCCAACCUCACCUUGUACAUCGACAUGUACAUAUGACAAAAGCAUGCUUGUAGACAAAGAAUAUGGGUUGCAUAUCAUGUAUUUAUGACUUCACCUAUUGUAAUUUAUCUUUUUAACUCUUGUGAAAAUAACGUCGACCAAACAAAACCGAACAAAUUACAGUUCAUUAAAAGUGAACUUUUCAACUACAUAUGAAAAGAUUUGUGAAAGCUAACAAAUGAGGUCUGGAGCCAAUACUAUCUUAAGCGUCAACUUCUACACAACUCUUAAAAUGGACAGCUAUGGGAUUGAAAGCUGAUCAUUUGAAUUGGGAUUCCUAGAAUGUUAAUACUAUAUAUGCAUCUUGCUUCCUGUAAAUCCAAUAUAACCAUCAUGGUUUUGAAAGAUCCAAUCGAUCUUUUACAAAAAUUGGCAACCAACCAUAGGUUUGUUUUAUAGACUCUGCAAAUAUGUAAAACACUGACUUUGAAUGUUCAAUUGUAUUGUUUUAUCCUCCUGAACGAUGUUAACACAGGUUGAUGUGCCCAAUGAGGCUCUAUACAAAAUCACAAAUUUCCUUUAGUUUUUUGUAAAUUCAUAUUAAAAAUGUCCUAUAAUCCUUUAAAUGAACAUAGACUUUGACUCAAUCUUAAUUUACAAAUAUUAUUGGUGAAAUACAGCUCAAAUUGAAGACUCAAAUGUGAUGAAGUCCCCUCCCCAUACUCACACCAGCAUAUUAUUCGGAAAUAGUUUGCAAUUGACAAUCUGCAUGGGCUCAUUCAGACAAAACAUGAACUCAGAUGUCUCCCGUGUCCUUCAAUGAGCAGACUUGUUGCCAACUACUCAAUCCGACUUCAGUUCAAACCCCAAUUCAAAGCCGAGCAGCCGAAUGACUUGGCACUAUCCCUAAAUAAGCUAGAUAAUGGCAGCUUCUAUACUGUAGUACUUUCAUCUUGAACUUCUGGUUCUGUCCCUCAACCAAAACCAAUUCUCGAACAAAAUACAAUAUUGCCAAAAAGCAAAAAUACUGCCCUCUAGUGUCUGUAUGUUAGAGGUACUUGUAUGUUCCGUUUAUGCCGAUUUGAACCAAGUUGUAAUAUUUUUUUUAGUACUGCAUUGUGUAUUGUAAUUGUGUACAAAAAAUAUAUUUAAGAGAACAGUUUAAAAUAAAAGUUCACUCAAAACGCAGACUGUGUGAACGUUUUGAAUUUAUUUCAUCAGCAACUAACAAAAAAAAAUCUCACAGCAUUUCCAUUUUUUUUUUUCUGCCAUCUUCUUUUUUUAAACAUUGUUGGGGCACCCAGGUCUACAGUCUCAAAAACGUGCACAGAAGGUGUUUCUUUCCUGCAAAUAAUGAAAAUAAAAAUCUUGACUCGAGCAAAGCAAAGAGCAGGAACCCAGCGUCAAACCGCCCCCGCAACACCCGUCUACUUCCAGAGCUCAGUGACCCGCUUCAGAGCAGCCUCGCAUUCGUAGAGCAACCGUUGCUUCAGGAGUUAUUAAUCCACUUUGGUAGUUAAAAAAAAUAUUUCCUCCAUUUUUAAAACAAAUAUUCCAACUUUUUUUUUUGUCGUAUAUAUAUAUUUAUAUAUCAGUCUCUACAAAAAGAAGCAAAGACCACUCUGCUUUUCUCGUCCACCGUAGACAAACCCUGGCCCACACCAACCCCCACCCCGUCCCGGCAACGAAUUAACAUACAGGGGCCACUGGGCCGACGACACAAGGUGGGACAAACAGGAAUGACAGAACGAGGAAAAUAAAAAUAAAUGAUAGAAGCGACAUGCACAGUACGACAUGAAUGAAAAUCUGCAGGAUUGCAAUCCCAAAGUGUUGCGAUCAAUACUUCUAACCCAAUGUUUGUCUGUGACCGUGCAAGCUACAUACUCCUCUAUGGUGACAAAUGUGACAUGGUGGUGGUUUGGGGACUGUAAAAUGUCUCUUAAUCCAUGUGUGUGUUAAGACAUUUCAGAAACAGUUCAAAAGGUUAGGCCAUUGUAAAAGACUGAGGUAAAAAAUAAAAAUAAAUAAAGGGAUAAAGAAAUAUUAAAAGCCACUAUUCUUAUUUUUGAUACUUUUUUAUUUUUCCAUUUUUUGGUCAUUUCCUUUUAUAAGGGAAAAAAAACAAAAAGAACAAUUCUGGCUGUACAGCACUUAACUCUUAUGCCUAUUCAGAGUUGCCCAACUCUACUCUUAUGGUGGCAAAGACAGAAAGGAGGGAGGGGAACAGAAGAAAAUAAGGGGGAAGAAAACAAAAAUAAACUAAAUCCUUAAAACCUCCAAAAUGGACUCCAAAAUGCGAAUUUAAAAACCAAAUAUUUU